UUUCGGCCGUUGACCUCAUUGAACGAAUCCCGCGAGUCUGACGGGCUCUUUGGUAGCUCGAUUUCUGCUCCGAAUAUUCAGUUCAACCCCGGUUUUGCAUUAGUGACUGUGUAGACGGUAGAGCAGCGGGUAAUAGAGAGGGGUUACUCGUGCCAUACAGUUUAAACCUCAUUGAAAGCGGCUUGCUCAAGGAAUCCCACGUCUCCAGUAUCACCUUGCAGCCGGUGUGUAAUCGUGGACCGUUUUUCACGUCAGGAAGGAUUGUUGCACCGGUGCAGAGACCAAACGCUCGUUUAAAACCAUCUGAAGGUCAGCGAUUCAGUUGGUGACCACAUCCAUUUUCCCUGGGUUCAGUGUACAAGCUGCACUGAAUCCAGUAAGCAUAUCCAGUAGCAAGGUGUUUAACGGCUAAUAUUGGCGAUGAAACCUGAUGGGGUGGCCACAGAACCAAUGGAAGCAGAGGGAAUGCAACCAGUAGCAGAGCCAACUGUCAAUGAGGGGGUUUCCCAGAACGGCACUACGUCAUCACCUCCCCAACCCGAUGAACCUCAAAAUUCCACAGAGGCCCCCUCAACCGGAAAGGAUGCUGCGGAGAAGGCACUAGAUCCAAAAAGUAAAUCUAAAGCCCCAGUCAAAAGUAAAACAACAGCGGCAGGUCCUGGACCAGGCACGAGACCCAAAACAACUCAAAGCCGCUUAGCUAACAGAGCAGCAAAACCCACAGCAUGUACUGCAACCAACAAACCCACUGCGGCUACCAAUGCGACAGCAGAGAAGAAACCCAGUACUGCAGUUGGGGCUGCCAGUAAGAAACCUGCAGGCCCUUCAACUGCGGUUGCAACCUCAAGGGCUCAACCUAAGGUGUCGGCUGUUGGAACCAGCAGGACGGCGACGACAACAGCGACCAGUGGUACAAAGACAGGAACAACUGUCAGCACAGCCAGCAGUUUGAGUAAAAGACCCGCCACAACCUCCACUAGUGCAGCAACCAAACCCAAAACCACAGCUCUAAGGCAAACCACUGCCAAACCCAGCACUUCAGCCACAGCCAAAACCACUUCUGCUACCAAAACUAACAGGACAAUUGGCAGUUCAGCUCCACGACCAGCUACCACUUCAACUACAGGCAGAGUGACCACCAGUACGACAACUACGAUAGCGAGUAAAACAAACCGAACUGGUACUCAACCACCUGUUAAACCAUUGGUCACAGCAUCAACCACACGCAAGGAUGCUAUCAAAACAGGCACUACCGCCCCAGCAAAGAAACCAGUUGCCGCAAUAGCAUCCCGUCCUGCUGCCAGCAAGCCUUCAAACUCUCAAAAGCCAGCGGCAGCUGCGAAACGACCACUACCUAUUAUCAAACCACCUCAACCGAAACCAGAUGACAAAAAAAGCGUUCCGACACGAAAGGUGCCACCUAGUCCACGAAAUGCUCCUUCACGGCUAACAUCAGGCAAGACAGCUGCAGCCUCCCCUAGUCGGAGUACAACAGUCACUGGAAAACUGCCACUAAGCAAACCGACACAGUCUGUGUUGCCUCUCGUUGUCAAAGGAGAGUCUACUAAUAAAGAACCCGGAGCAGAGUCUGUUCAGCUUUCAGCAGCUGUAGUAUCUACAGUUUCUGUUGCAACAGCUGCAGCAAUAGCCACAGAAGAAUCUCUUCCAGGCCCUGAAGCUACUCCAGCUCCAGAGAGCUCUCUAGACGUUACAGCCUCCUCUUCCAUAGAUGUUCAGAAAACUAUUGAUGUGCCGGUCAUUAACACCAAUGACGACACAGAGCUGCUGACUCAAGAUGGGAUAGUAGACGUUACAGCCUCCUCUUACUUAGAUGUUCAGGAAACUGUUGAUGUGCUGGUCCUUAACACCAAUGACGACACCGAGCGGCUGCCUCAAGACGGGCUAGUCGAAGCUGGUCCAGUUGAAGGGUCUGAUCCUCAUCCUACAACUUCUGAAGUUACUCAGGAAUUUGAAGAACAAGGUUCAGAAAAAGCUGAUGAAAAGCUCAAUGCUACUGUGACACCGGCUGCACAGGAUGCAGUUAAGCAAGAAACUGUAACUGCUUCACCAUUUGAUAACCCUGCUGCUACAACAGUGCCCUCUGUUGGCUCACAAGUGGCUGAAAAAGCUGAGGGAGUUAGCAGUGAGUGUUGUGAAGAUGUGGAAGAAGAAGAGCGGGAGGGUAGUCAGCAAGUGUCUUUGUCAGAAAUGAGUGGCACCCAGCCUACUGAAGAGUCUCGGCCUGGUUCCGCCGGCCUUGCAGGGUCCAUUUGGCGAGCAGGGGCCUUGCUCUCGGAACUUGACUCUGAAGAUGUAAGCUGCAGCCAGCAAGGGGCAUCGGAGCUCAGUGCUCCAGGUGUCCUGGAGGGCACUGAAAGCAUGGAUGAUCUGGGUGAUGCUAGCCUUAAAGGAGCUGAAGGCGUGUCUGUUGGUUCUCCUGACUUUGAGAAGGUUCCUGACAUUCUUACUAAUGAAGAGGAGGAGGAUGAUGAUGAAGAUGAUGACGACCGAGUGUGUGAUAUGGAGGUCGGGUCGGAAAGAGCAGAGGACUCUCACAAACAGCAUUUUGAUCAUGAUGAUUACGAAGAUGAAGAUGAGGAUGUAGAAAUGGCAAGUGAAGGCAUCACUGAGAGUGGGCUUGAAAGUUAUGGGAAUGCAGAUGAGGAUGAUUUAACCGAGGACUACCGGUUGGACAACCUGAAUCGUAUUCAGAUUCCUCCUGUGGAUAUGUCUGGCCUUCCUGGAGCCCAGUGGAAUCAGUCCAGUUGUAUUGCUGAUCCUUGGGCCCAGGUUCCACAACCCGCCUCUAGUCUUCUCUCUAGUCCUUCCUCUGAACAUUGUCAACCAGAUCUAGAAACCCCAACCCAAGCACCUGCUCAGGCAACAUUGGAUGCUGGCAAUUCUGAAAGAGGCCCUUCUUACCACCCAAACCUUCUAGAACCCCCUUCUUGCUCAACUCAAUCCCCGCCACCCACUUCAGAGGGAGAUGUUAGCCCCAAACAUGUCAUGACACCCCCUCAAGCCUGCGAAUCCAAGUUCGGUAUCCUCACUGGCCCUGGGCUGGAUUCUGACAUUAUCAGAGACACUAGCGAACCAGAGAACGUAAAAGAUGACAACAGCUGGUUAGAUAAUGAGAUUUCUAAAGUAGAUCAGCAACCAGAACCACUUAACCCUGUCUUGCCUGACAUCAUGCAAGAUCUAGGCGUUCACCUUGAACAUGCUAAUGAGGAGGAAGAACCAGAGACUCUUCCAGCUGAUGAUGUGCUGGGUGGUCCAGCAUCUGCACCAUCAUCUUCUUCAUCAGCUACUGAGGAUGAAGCUAGUGACACAGAAGGUGAAAUGCAGAUCAGCGAUCCUCAAGCUGAGCUACCUGUAACUGAAACUGCACCUGUGACACACAAUUUGACCACUUUAGAGGAGCGUGAAGAAAUCUGUGGAGAGAUUGAAGGCGGUGGUGGUAGUGACACCCCUCAGUCUGCCACAUCUGCUGCUUCUUAUGGGUUUGACUACAUGACUUCUUACUCCAAUGCCCAGUCUUCUGCUGAAAGUUGCAGCAAGAGCCCUGGCAUCUUCUCCCUAGAAAAUGAAGACCAGCUUCCUGAUGAGGCCAAGGAUCCCUCUCUUCUUAAAGAGCUGACCCUUAUACCUACUCCUGCAGAUGGGGAAAAGAUUGAAAGUCUUAAAGGCCAACAUGUGGAGUUCCAGUCCCCUUCAGAACAGCACUACAUGCUUUGUGGAGAGUCCAGUGAGCAGGUUGAGCCUGAUUUACUACAGACAGUAGAGUGGGGCUUGAGGGAUUCUUCCCCACAGCACGCGGAAGAACAAGACCUGGACACUCAGCAUCCCUACUACUCAACUAUAUGCGAAAAUACUGAUAGUCCCUUGGCAGGAAAGAACUCUCACUUUCCGCCGCAACCGCCCGACUUGCUCCACAUCCAAAUGACGAUGUCAUCCAAACUUCGGCAACGGCCCCGCUCUGCCCAUGGCACCCAACCACCAAGGCUUCCCACUGACCUCCCGCCCAGAAUAUCAAAUACGGGGUCAAAUGCACAGCUCCGAUGUCUAGAGCAGCACCAACAGCACCUUCACAAAAUUCAGCAACGGCAGGAUAAGCGGAAUCAAGAACAUGAGAAAGGAGAAGAUGCAAGAGAGACACAAUUGAGCAUUGAGCGAGAGGAGGAGAAGGAAGAGGAGUUUGAGAAACAGAGAAGGAAUGUACUCGAGUUGCAACUACGACAACAAGAGCAAGAACUGAAACAACAAGAGCAAGAACUGAAACAGCGAAAACAAAUCAUGCAGUGGCAACAAGAACUUGAACAACAGCAGCAGCAGAAAAAGCACAAAGUGAAUACACCAGUCCUCCUGUCUCCUUCAUCAGGACUCUGCACCAUAUAUGAAACUGUAGAAACAAGUGACUCUGAAGAGGAGGGACUAGGAGAGGUCAAGAAAACAGAGAAACCAGAGGAUGAAAACACAUGUCCUGAUGAGGAAAUGCAAAGACAUUCUGAAGAAAAACACAAUGACUAUUUUUAUUCACAUAGUGGAACUUCUCCACUCAAGUCUCCGCAGGAAGACCACAAGGAGACGGACGUUGCACCAGAACUACCAAGUCCUCCACAGUCUCCUUAUGAAUCUCCUUAUGAGCGACCCGUACCUCUAGAGUUUGACUGGGGCAAAAAGGCGGAUAUUGUCCAUCAUUUGAUCAACCAGACUUUAUUGCUUAAAGGCGACAGUUGCUCGCCCCUUCUUUUACUACCGGGAGGCACAGGUGGAACACUCAGUCCCUUGGAAAGUAGCCUGUGGCCCCGCCUGUUGCCUCCGCUUACACCAACUUCAGCCACCGUGACUUCUGUGAGCAGCUUUUCACCCGAAGCUCAAGGCAGUUCUGCUCAGGGCGAGUGGACCGUCGUAGAGCUGGAGACUCAUCAUUGAGAAAGCUGGAUAAGUACCAGAUGAAGGAUAGAUGCCAAAGAUGAUCUUGUGGACUUAAGAAGCACCAGUUGGGACGUGCAUGUUGGGGUAUUAAAGAAUGGAGCCUUUCCAAGACAAAGUGAUGGGAUUAACUGGUUCUCCAAUUCUGUUCCAACUUCCUAGUCGAGGUAUUACAGAAUAUAGCCUUUCCAAGAUAAUAUGAUGGAUUAAAUACUUCUUCCAAUUCUGUUCUUAGGCUUUUAAGCUAGUGUUUGAAGCUCGCUCUGCACAAUACUGUUCUUGCAACCACCUUCUUUGAUUUAUCCUCAUCCCUGCAGUUAGUGCAUUGAGCUUUCAUUUCCAACACCCCCUACCCAUCUCAAAGCAACAGGGCAAUGCUGUAUAAUGCACUGAUACAGGCUCCCUGCCAAACCCAUCAUCUAUAUCUGACCUGCCCUGUGCCAAAAAGCCAUUCUUAAAGGUUUAAUGGGGCCUCUUACUGGCUUGAACUGCAUACUUGCAUUCGACCUCCUAGGCAUGGAGUUGGCAUCUUGCCUACAUUGUGGGUAGAGAGCUUAAUGACUAAAGGAAAACCAUGAUCUCUUAGAUAAGCUGUAGAAACCUAUACAAGUAUCAUGAACAGUAACAUGAUUUAAAAGUACACGUUUCCUAUUUGGGUGAAAUGGGAACUUUCCUGCACUGCUGUUAUUAUACAACACUGGAACAUUUUUAAACUGCUGUGUAAGUGAUUUACAUAAUUUAUAUAAUGAACUACUGAUUGAAGGGUUUUUUGAAGUACAUUUGGAUUGACAGGUGAUAUGAACAGUACUUCUGAAUUUAAAUGUUCAGGGGUUCAGUAAACUUGCACAGAACAGUAUUACCAAAAUGUCCAAAACAAGCACAGUUGCCCAAGAUGUCUAAAACAUUUCGUUUAAAGACAAAUAUUUAUCUCACUUUAUUAUCGAAGAAUCGUGAUACUUAAGGUGAAACUAACCUAUAAAGCUGUUCUAUAGAUGUUUUAAUUUUGCGAGAUAUACUGAACUGCUGUAUAAAUAGCUGCAAGUAAAACCGCUACAAUAAUGUGCUACAGGGAUUUUAAGAGGUGCUGUAAGAAAACUGCAGAUACGUCACACAAUUCUGUACUGUGAACCAUCUGAACGCUGUGCCUGUCUGAACUAUGAAUGUAUAAAGGGACUGUUCUUUUAUUGCGGUUAGUUCUUUUAGGAUCCAGAACAUUGGAGUAUGUUUAAACGGACGCUAUACAGUGGUGCAGUGGCCCUUCACAUUUUAUAUUUACAUUUUAGGGCGGACCAAGCAUGGCAUGUAGUUCCUUAAUCUGAAGUCCUCUUAUGGAUGUCUUUCCGCUGCAAUAUGGCCGAUCUGGCCACCAUAUUUCUUACAUUUCUAUACUUUUUGUAUGUCAGGAAGGAACCGAUUCAGAACAGUUGAUGCAAUUUACAGAUUAGCUGUGUCUGAGACUUGUGCUUUUAGAGUGCUGAACAGGUGAAGUAUUCUCAUACACUGUGACUUUUCAGGAUAAAUGAAAUUCUCUCUUUUUGUGUAAUGUUUUCAUGUUACUGAUCCGUGUCUAAUGUCUCUGCCAGGUGUAAUUGAUUAUAAAGUAUGGCUCUAUAGAAAACUAAAUCAAUAGGGAGAAAGUAUGCGCGUAAUAUUUGAACCUAUACAUGAAUUGCAACUAAAAUAGUCUGAUAUCGUUCUAGAAAAUUAGUGUCAGGUUUAUGUGUCUGUGUGAGUUUUAUAUGGCACCUAUUUCAUUGAUUGAACUGUGUUAUUUGUCGAUUCAUUUAUGUGAGCUUGACUUCAUUUUAAGAACGUGUUUUAUCACAUGAAGGUACAACGUAUAUUUUACAAGGAAGAUGUGUUAAGUAGAAGUCUGUUUACUGUAUUAUG